CUACAGCGGCCACACGUGCGUCUCUAGACAAGUCUCUUGUGACCAUGUUUCUGAGCAGCUGUUGCCUGUUUCUAGCUGGGGUACCGACUUCAUCGUCCCCUCUCUUCCCUUUGACAAGGAGUAUGACAUAGUGUAUGUUUCUACUUCCCAAAAUACUCAAGUUGAAGCUCAGACUGGAGUGAGCAAGAACAUCAGGGCUUUGGGUGCUGCUCGAGUGCUGUUUUACGGCAUUCAAGGCUCGACCGCCAUGUCCCUCUCAGCUAGCUCGGGCAUUCAAGUUACCUUCUUCGGUGAUGGUGGCACUCAUGGUAACUUCCGCUAUGAUCCUUUCUUCAUGGCAAUCCCCCCGGUCUCUAGUUACUGUCAGGCCUACAAUAUCUACGGACAGGACGAAUGUGAGAACUACGCGCUGAUCAUUGCCAAAUCAUCAGAGACUUCUGGGAUCACCCUGGACAAGCGACCACUGAGAAAUCUCCAGUGGAAUCCAGUUCCUGGCACUGAAUUCUCCUGGGCAUCACACAGCUUAGGCCACAGAUACACAGUCCAUGUAGUGGAGCACCCCACCUCCCCCUUCGGGCUGCUGAGUGUUGGGGUCGGGAACGCGAAGGCAUACGGCUCCCCAGCAGUUUGCACAAAAGAUCCCUGCAAAGCACUGCAAUGCCGAGCAAAGGAAACAUGCAAAGUGCAGAAUGGUCAAGCAAGUUGUGUCCAUGAGUACAAAGGGACCUGUCAGGUCUCCAUGUCCCAAGAUGUCCAGACCUUUGAUGGCCUCAUUGUAGACCUCCAAGACUCUUGCUCCUACACCCUUGUGAAGUCCUGCAGCAGCGACGCCAACCUUGUACCUUUCACAGUUGAAGAAAAGAGUGGCGACAUAGACAUCGAGGCAGCCUUCAAGAUGCAGAUUACCCAUAUCAAUGUCUAUGAUUACAACAUCACCAUUAGCAAGGGAGAAGGUGCCCAAAUCAUGGUAAAUGGUGCAGUGGCCAGCCUCCCAGCCACCCUGCAAGAUGGAAAAAUCAAAAUCUCCAAGAACGAUGGGCUGCCGAUCAUUGAAACAGAUUUUGGCCUCCGGGUGAUGCAUGACAAGAACUUCACAGUCGUGCUGACUCUCCCGAGUAGCUACUACGGAGCCACCUGUGGACUCUGCGGGAAUUUCAAUGAAGACAGAGAUGAUGACAUGGCUUACCCCAAUGGCACUCAAGCCUCUUCCAUUAUGGACUGGGUCAGCAGUUGGGAAGUCCCAGACCCUGCCUGCUUAGAGGCCUGCCAAGGACUUUGCUCGGCCUGUGAUGAGGGCCAGGAGGAGCUGUACGGCCAUGAAAAGUAUUGCGGCGUGAUCAGCAAAGUUUCCGGAGGACCCUUCAGAGCGUGCCAUUCCACAGUGAGCCCCUCUGAGUACUUUGACGAAUGCGUCCUUGAAAUGUGUUUAAACAGAGGGGACAACGACACACUGCGUCAAAUGGUGGAGACCUAUGCCGCUGCUUGCCAGGAAAAGGGCAUCACUACAGUUGACUGGAAAACACUCUCUUACUGUGGACUGGUGUACCCUGUCCUCCAGCUGAAUGAGAUUCUUGUCCCAGGUUCAACACUGACUUCUAUCCAGAAUCCAACAGGAUCCUUGAUGUAUCCAUAUGGGACAUCUCAAGGUGACAGAAUGAACGAAAAGUCAGAUGAUGGAUCUUCUGCAGAGAUCACCAUUUCAGCUCCUUUCACCUUUUAUGGCAAGCCAUACCGCUCUCUCUAUGUAAACAACAAUGGUGUGGUCUCAUUUGGAGUGAGAGUCUCACAGUUCACACCCAACCCUUUCCCACUAGAUGGUGGGUCACCCUUUGUGGCUCCAUAUUGGGCAGAUGUUAACAAUGUGAAAGGUGGGGAUGUUUUCUGGAGGCAAUCUCAGGAUCCCAGCUUGCUUAGGCAGUGCACCGAAGACAUCAAUCGGUACUUUCCUGGGGUCCCGUUCACGGCUGUCUGGGCCUUCGUUGCUACCUGGGACCGAGUGGCCUAUUAUGGGUCUACUUCAAGCAAGGUCAACACCUUCCAGGCUGUCUUGACCACCAACAGGCGAAUCUCCUUCAUCAUGUUGAAUUACGGUAGCAUCCAGUGGACCACGGGGACAGCAAGUGGUGGGCGUGAUACCACAGGCCUUGGUGGAACCCCAGCACAGGCUGGAUUUGACAGUGGAGACAAAAGAAAUUACUACGCCAUCCCUUCUUCCCGAACCCCUGAUAUCAUCAAUAUUGGGAAGACCACCAAUGUGGGGAUGCCAGGGCGCUGGGUGUUCCAAGUGGAUAAAUCUGUAGUUUCGGCCUCCACGGAGAGGGUCGAGUGUCCGCUGUGAGAUCUUCAGAAACUCAGAGGACGUCCUCUUCAUCCAUCUGCUUCCAACCAGGGUGUACUCAAGCGGCUCCUGUGGUGAUGCUUCUGCUGCCUGUAGUGAAAACAUUCAAG